CUUGAAACUAUCUUCAACUUCUAAUUUACAUUCUUUUUUUUCCUCUUCAAUUUUUUUUUACUUCAUUUUCAACUUUUAGAUAAGGGAGAUAUUAUUCAAGUAAUUCUAUACAAAAUUAUAAAGAUGGAAGGCAUUACAGGAAAUCCUUUAGGCCUAACAUCAGUGAAUCAUAUCUCUCUUGUCUGCAAAUCGUUGGAUGAAUCUAUCAACUUCUACCAAAAUAUUCUUGGAUUCAUUCCCGUUAAAAGGCCUGGAUCAUUUGAUUUUAGUGGCGCAUGGCUAUUUGGCUAUGGAAUUGGAAUUCAUCUUCUUCAGAUAGUGAACCCUGAAAAUGUUCCAAUCAAGAAGGAAAUUAAUCCAAAAGAUAAGCAUAUAUCAUUCCAGUGUGAAAGCAUGGGACUAGUACAAAAAUGUUUGGAGGAGAUGAAGAUUGAUUUUGCUUGUGCGUUGGUGGAAGAAAAUGGAGUUAAAGUUAAUCAAUUGUUUUUCCAUGAUCCAGAUGGAUUCAUGAUUGAGAUAUGCAAUUGUGAUAAUCUUCCUGUUAUUCCAUUAGUUGAUGACAUGGCUAGAUCAUGCUCUAGACUCAAUCAUGAGAUCAUACAACAGCAAAUACCACAAGUUGUCAACCAAAUUUGAUCGGGAGGACUUUGAGUUGGGGAAUUAGAAAGAUAAGUUAGGGCAUCUCAGUCAAUUGAGGAUUCAAAAGAGUGGUCCAAACAAAAAUUAAAAAUAUUUAUAAGUAAAAAAAAGAGUCAGUUAAGUUGAAAAUAUGAAAAGAUAACUUAAGUAAAAGUUAGGAAUUUCGAAGAAAGAAAGUGACAACAACAUGUAAGAAUGGUUGAAAUGCAAAAGAUGAAUUAGAAAAAUCAAUCUAAGCCAUUAUCCUUAGAGGCAAAGUAUUGUGGAUUAGAGUUAUGUGGGUGAAUAGUUUUUGUUAUGCUCUAAUGGCAGUCUUAAAUUUUCCACAUUGUCAUUUUUAUGUCUAGUUCUCGUUGUAUCGGUGAAUUCUCUAUAUGGAGUUACACAUUUGUGUGCUGCUAUUCUAUGUAUGAAUUGUAUUUCUUCUCAAAUAAUAUAAUAAUAUUGUAUUUCUUUCUUAAA